UCACACGUGCCAAUUCCAAAAAACUAUUCUCUCCUUACAUCCUUGUUCCAGCUUGUGUGGUGCAACAAAUAAAAGCUAGAGAGAGAAACCUGGGAGUGAUGCAACAAAGAUAGUGAGAGAAAGUAAGAGAAGAGAUCAAAAUCAAAACCCCCCCCCUCUCUCUCUCUCUAUAUCUCUCUAUGUACAAAUUUCUUCUUGGGAAUUUGCAAUAUAACUGUUGCCAAUACCUUUCUCUCUCUAAACACCACCGCUGCACCGCAACUUCAAUUCACUCCAUAACCAGAUAUACAUACACAUAUAUACGUGCGUGUAGAGAAAGAGAGAGAGAGGGGGAGGAGAUAUACGGUGAGGCGGCCAUUGUAGGAAGCCAUGAGAAUCAGGAAGCGGUUUCCUCAGCCGUCAGAUCCCCAGCUUAAUCACUCAGUUAUGGCGGUGCAACGACAGCUGGUACGUGAAUCUCCAAUAAUACUGCCUCAGCCGCCCUCAGCCGCCGCCACGGCCUGCUUCUCUCCGCCGCCGCCGCCGCCGCCUGAUCAUCCGAAUCCGCCUCCCGAUCACCCGGAUCCGACCCGAAUCCCGAACCCGACAUGGGGCUGCGAUUCCUCUCAGCGCAAAAUGGAGCAAAAGGAAUCGGAGGAGGUCAAAGAGGAAGAAGAUGAUGAGAGAAUUACUACUGGUGGUAAUGAUUCAAAGAAAGAUGGCAUCUCUACUGCACUCCAAGAUUCGUUCAUCUCCCAACCCUUCUCUUCUUUCCAUCAAGAUGAGAGAGAGGUGCCAUUGAAGAAGAGGAGAGGUAGUGGGUUUGAGAAAUUCGUAGUAAUGGGGAAAGAAACAACGAAGCCGCCGAAGAUGAAGUCGAAAACCAACAAGAAAUGCGUGCAGGAAAGUGGCGAUCAUGGAGCAGCCGCCGCCGCCGCCGCAGGCGGCGGCGGCGGCGAUAGUAACAGCCGUUAUGAUGCCGUGAAGAAGACCAAGAGAGGGAGCGAGAUCGUGGAGGGGUCACGGUGCAGCCGCGUUAACGGGAGAGGGUGGCGGUGCUGCCAGCAAACGUUAGUCGGCUACUCAUUGUGCGAGCAUCAUCUGGGCAAAGGACGGCUGCGGAGCGUUAACGCCGUCAAGAACCGUCAAGUGGGCGAAUCCACGAACACAAAAACAACCAAGAGCCGCAACGCGGAGGAAUCGGAAGAAACAUCAUGGGAUUCCUCGAAAGAGAAGCCUUUGUCGUUGUUGUUGGAGAAUAUUUCUGAGGAUGAGGAUGAUGAUAAUGAAAGGAAGAAGCCAUCUAGCAGUGGUAAGAAGAAGAGGGUGAAGCUUGGAAUGGUGAAAGCCAGAUCGAUGAGCAGUCUUCUUGGACAAACAGACAACCUGGUCGCAACAAAAGUGGCACAAAACGAAGGCGAAAUGAGGGUUAAUUAACUAAUUAGUUUUAUUACUGCAUGCCUAAUUAUCAGCAAAUAAACCGUGGUUUGGUUAUAAUAUAUUGUAUGGACUUUGUUAUAUGGUCGUUUGAUUUCUUCAUGUUUUCUUCUGUUGUCUUCAUGUUCAAAAUGAGUUAAAUUAAAAACCUUAUUU